AUGUAUCCUGGACAUGGACAGCGACAGCCUAGUAGGGCUCCCAAUGACCUGCAAAACCAGUUUAAUCCAGUGAUACACCAUGGAACUGAGCCGGAGCCUUACAGUAACCAGUUCAAUCCUGGAGAUUCCUCCCUCAGCCUUCCGAACCAUGGCUUGCCCCAGCAUGACAAAUUUUUUAGUGCUGGGAUGGGGGGACAACAGGAUGGACCUGUUACACAAACCAUAAUUAGUCCAAUACCUGCACCUGGAUCCUUUCAGCAGCACCUGCAGGAUGCUCCACUGUAUCCCUACCGAGCUGCAGUGACUCUGCAGGCUGGAGGAACAUCGCACCUAGGUCAGACUCCAAUACCAUUCACUGGAAGCCAGCCGUCAUCUCAAGGACAGUCCAUGGGUCCAGUGACACAGCACGGGACUCCAUUGGAUGGCUAUACUCAGCCCCAGAACUAUGGCAACCAACCAUUCUAUUCAAUGCAUCAGCGUCAAAUGGGACAUCAUAGUGGCACACCUCAUAACAAUCUUGAUACCCCCGUAGAUCACUCGUCCUUGAAUUCAACUGUAGCUUGUCUUGUAUCUGAAGUGCAAAACCUGAAGGAUGUCACUCAGAACCUGCUGUUUUCCAAAAAUGAGCUUCAGCAAUCGAACGACUCACUCAAGGCGCGCAUUCAGGUAAAUGAAGAAGCCGUCGAGGAGAUCUUGAAGACCAACAGCAACAGGAAAAAAGUUGGCAACAGAAACAUAUCGAAUUCACAUGCAGCCUUGAAACCAAUAAUCCACCCUUACUUUUUCGAACUUUGUGAUAUUGAUCCGUGCCUCAGCAAAUCAAAGCGCAUAAAGCUGUUGGGAGCUGUCAAACCUUUGGGUAAUGGGGAACCUCACGAGGCAGUAUCUACCAAGAUAGUUUGGCACCCGAACUGGCUUGGUAACGUUGAUGAUGAUGUCAAUGCACUGUACAUCAAGGAGAUCGUCAACCUGGUAUGGGAAAAUGAGAAGGCGCGCCACAAGAAUCCUAACACCAAGCAUGAGAUCGCUAAUAAAGACUAUGACCUCACUAUCAUCACCGAGUGCAUGAAAACGUACUUUCGAAACAUUCAUAAGCAAGCAAGCGACCAGGUCAACGAUGAUAAGGCAGCCAAAGCUCUGGAACGCAAAGAUAGAUUGCGACAGCGUUCACGUCGUCAAGCAGUCACAAAAUCACGCCAUCAAGCUGCGUUGAUCUACGAGACUCAAUCAGGGAACAAAGGAGCCGUUGCGAUGAUAGAUACUGACUUUGCUUCUGACAUCCUUUCCUAUGAUUCUGAGGGGGAUCUUUCUGCAGACACACUAUCCAAGUGGGAGAGAGCGAAGCUUGCGAAACUGGCAUUUUAUGUAGAAGGUUCAAAAUGGCGAUCUGUUGAUUAUGUUGCCUUCCUCCGCUGGUUGUCUUUGCGCAAUAUGCAGAAGAACGAGGAGCACAACGAGCCUGAUACGGACGCAGCAGAUGACACCACUCGGCCGCCAGCUAACAAGUGUCGCAGAACAAAUGCGCAGAAGCAUCGCAAGAAAGUCUUUGACUUAGCGCCAGCAAAGAUGAAUGACAACAAGCCAAAGUCACAUAAGAAAAAUGUACCAUUCAAAUCUAUGGUAUCUGCAGUCUGGGCUCGUGAUCACGCCGAUGAUACAUUUCUUGAUGGUACUGAAUGGCUGACGGGCUUUUACAAGAACAUAGGCCAGGGUGUAUUGAUAAAAGAAGAUGAGGAGUACUUGGGAGAACUUCAGAAGUGGCACAACGAAGAGAUGGAUGCUGAUGAGAUGGCGGUUUGA